AUGAAUGCAUAAUUUAAUCCUGAAGAAAUAAAUGUCAAUUAUGGAUAACCUUGUAUUUUAAUAGGUGGAUCAUCUUAGUAUAAAACAACCUUUUUACUGCAUUAUGCUUAUAUAAAAUCAAAGGAAUGCAAGAACGAAGUUGAAUACGGAAUAGUAAUAUGCAGUCAAUUGAAAUUAGAUAAAGAAGAUAGACUCAUAUUCGGAAGAAAAUAAUAUUAAAAAUAGAUAUAGCCACAGAUAACUAAUACAAUAAAAUUAAAAUAUAUAGAAACUUAUGCAGAGUUAUGCAAAUUCUUAUAAGUUUUACCAUUAAUUGAUAGUUGCCCAAAAUAUGUAUUUAUAGAUGAUAUUAACCUUUAUGUGGGUUAAGAUCAUAGGAAGCUAGGAUUUCUCUUACUUCUUUUAAGAAAUGUUUCUACUUUUAUAACUUCGAGACAAGGAAAUACAAAUAAUUUUAAUGUUUUUGCUACAUAUUAAAUAGAUUCGAUGGAUAGUGAAUUAUAUCUACGCGAUAAGCCUGAAAUUACUGAAAAUGAUAUAAACCUUUCUAAAAUUAAACAAAAAUGUCUUUUAUUUAAAGUUUACAGUUAAAAUCUCUUUUAAAUUUAAAUCACUUAAAAUGACCAAAAAGUAAAUUUAUAUAAAGUCUAUCAAGAUUAUACAAGUUUAAAAAUGCAUAAAUGUUAAUUUACAAAUAAAGAAUUUACAGAAAUAUUGAAUCAUAUAAAAGGAAUAUUAGUGUCAAAAAAUUAAAUUAGCUAGCAAGAUAAAUGA